AUGAAAAUAAUAAAGGAAUUUUGUCAAAGUAUAAAACAAAGGCAUGCAUUUAUAUAUUGUGGUUCAAAGAGUGAAUUUUGUAUUAAUAGUGCCCUUGAAUUUUCAAGGAUAUUAAAAAAAGAUUGUCAUUUCAAUUGUAAAAUAAUUGUAAAUCAAUCAAGUUUAAUAAAUGAAUUUGAAAAAUAUUUAGAAAAUUCUUUUAAAGAUGUUUCAUAUUUAGAUUUUAUUUUUUAUUAUAUUGGUGAAUCUCAACAUAAUAAAAAUAAUAAUAAUAAUUCAAUUGAAUUUAUAAUUGAAAAUCCAAAUCGAGAACAAUGUAGUUUUAAUAAAAUUAUAGAUUUAAUUGAUAAAAAAGAAAAAGAUUUACAAUCAUCUUUAUUAAAACAUGAAUGUUAUAUAACUUUUAGAAAACUUUAUAUAUUAGAUUUAAAUACAAGUAAUGAUGGUAUUAAUCCUAUUGAAUCAUUAUCUCGUUUAUUUAAAAAUCAACAACAAGAGUUUUAUACACCAAAAAUGGGUUUUAAUAGUGGAAUUUUAUAUUCACCAAUUAUUGGAGAUCAUUCAAUCCGAGUUUUAAAUCAAAUGGAAUUAUCAUCUUUUACAUCAAUUCUUAUUGAAAGAAUAACUAGUAAAUCAUCACUUGGUAGAAGAUUAUUAGAUGUUGCUGAUGUAAUGGAGUAUGAACUCUUUGAGAAAUUCAUUGAAACUCAUUGUACAAACAUUCAUAUCUAUCAAGAAUUAAAUAAUCUUUUCAAAGUUGAUUUGGAUAUGGAAUCAAAUUUAAAAAAUAAAUUUGAAAUACUUUUUCUAUCAAGUGCUCAAAUUGCUUCAUUUAUUUUCGUUGAAAGAAAAUUAAAUCAAGAAACAUAA